GUGGUGUAAUAUUUAAUCCUGUGUUCACGGGGCGUUUUUAUCAGCGCGUCUGACUGAGACACGGACAGAGGAUCAGUCACGGCUCUGAUACGGUCACCGCACUUUAACUGGACACGAGCUUUGCUUUGAUAACCGCUUCUAAAGUAAUCUGGACAAAUCCUCGGCCCGGUUCAGCUCUCCGAUGGAGCGGUGGAAAGGCAGAGUGGCGCUCGUGACCGGCGCGUCUGUCGGGAUCGGAGCAGCUGUCGCGCGCGCGCUCGUCCAACAGGGCAUGAAGGUGGUCGGUUGCGCGCGCAGCGUCGAUAAAAUAGAGAAGCUGGCAGCUGAGUGUCAGAGCGCGGGCUACAGCGGCACCCUGAUCCCAUACAAAUGUGACCUGUGCAACGAGGAAGAGAUUCUCUCUAUGUUCUCUGCUAUUAAGACCCUGCUUCAGGGGGUGGACGUGUGCAUCAACAACGCUGGCCUGGCUCACAACGAGCCUCUGCUGAGUGGCCGCACUGAGGGGUGGAAGAACAUGCUUGAUGUAAACGUUCUCGCGCUGGCCAUCUGCACACGUGAAGCCUACCAGUCCAUGAGGGAGAGAAAUGUAGACGAUGGACACAUCAUCAACAUCAACAGUAUGGGAGGACACAGGAUGGUACCGAGUGCUGACGAGCAUUUCUACUGUGCCACCAAAUACGCAGUGACGGCGCUUACUGAGGGGCUCAGACAGGAGCUAAGGGAGGCCAAGACACACAUCCGUGCCACGUGUAUAUCCCCUGGCAUAGUGGAGACAGAGUUUGCCUUUAGACACCACAACAGUGAUCCAGAGAAAGCUGCUUCUGUGUAUGAAAGUAUAAAGUGUUUGAAAGCUGAAGACAUAGCCAAUGCUGUCACCUACGUCCUCGGCGCCCCUCCACACGUUCAGAUCGGAGACGUGCAGCUGCGGCCGGUGGAGCAGGUGUCCUAGUGACGAAACGGAGACGCGCCGAAGGAGAGCGGAGAAGACUCAGAAGCAGUGUCUCUCUGGCAACAGCUGCUGGAAAAACUGUACAAAUAGAUUUGAAACACAGAAUUGAAAGGGAAUUAGGGGUUUGUGUGUGGUUUGAGGAAAACGUAGCAAAUCUGAAAAUACGAAGCUUGUGUGAGAGGGAACUGCUCCAUGAGAGAGGGAGAGGAAAUAGGAAAGGAAGGAGAGAAAGAGAUAUUAUUGGUACUGUUCCAAUUAACACAAACACUGCUGCCUCAAAGUGAAGGGGAUUUUUGUUUUUUAGUCGACAGAAACUGGGAAAAUGGAAACAGGGACCAUGUAAAGCUGAACAAUGGUCCCCACUUAUGACUACAGACCAGAAUGCAAUCGGUUGCACAUUUUUUCAUUUCUUUUUUUUUCUUUUCUUUUCUUUUUUUUAAGGUUGUUUUACAUAUCUGUUUUGAAACAAGACAAAAACACUCACUCAGUGUUCAGAAAAAUAUGUGCAGGAAACACUGUUGCAGUUAUAAUGGAUUCAUUCAUCUCGUAUAAAGGCUUUUAAUCCAUUCAUAUUGUGUUAGAAUAGUACAGUAGCUGCUCUAGAAGUGAUUUGAAUCUAUUCCGUGCUAAUGUAACGUAUUCCCAACUAGACUUGACAAAAUUGAUCUUUUUCACCAGUAGCUAUAAUCCAGUAGUGUUAAAUGUGAGUACAUUUUUCAGAAGCCAUUAUUAGAUUAUUAAAUUUGCCCUUAAAAAUAAAAACAGUUUGCUUUCCUCUCUGAAACCCGACUUCCAUCUGCUUUUAUCUACACAGAGUUCACCCUCAUAUCCCAAUACUAUCCACUCAUAAGCUGCUGAAGUAUAAGACAUUAUUGGUGUUUUAUAAGACUUUAUACGACCCACACACACACACACACACACACACACACACAAACACACACACACUGCAUUAUAAUUGUUCCGUGUUAGCACAUUAAUUACUGUAUUUUUUUUUUUUUUUGGAAGUAUUCUAACUUUAGAUUGUAUGUAGACGUGUUUCUCAUAAUGUGUAACUUUCUGUAAAUUUGUUCAUUUACAACCAAUCAGGAGUCCUCUGAAGUACCUCUGAAUUUAGUGCAGAGCCUGAGCUGAUGCAUUGCAGACGAACAAACGAUGAUGUGCUCAUGUUAUUUUUUAAAGCCU